UGUAAAGUCGUGAUGGAUAAAUACGAGGAGAAUUUGUUGAGGUUAAACAUAAAAAUACGUGACCUAAUUACACAACUCGACUGUAUGGAAACCAAAAACCGGAAGCUUCAGCAAGAAAACAAUGUGCUAGUAGAAGAUGUGGCAAGCUUUCGCGCACAGUAUGCGUUAUCCGAAGAGGGACGGCUGCGUUGUAAGUCGGUGCUGGAGAAAGAAAUAGCUCGUAAUAGUGAACAGUACGAGGCACAGGUGUUGCUCAAAAAACGAUACAAUGAUCUAAUUCGCGAGUACGUUACGCAAAACCAGAAGCUUAAAUCUUAUGAACAAAAUGCUUUGGAAGUGAAACAAUCUAGAGCGAAAAGAAAGCAAGCCCCUGUUGAGAUUAUUGGCAAGCUAUCAGACAUAGGAAAACCUAAGGCUAUCGAAGACAAAGUAACCUCACUCGAGCAUCGCUGUUCUGUUCUGGAGAAGGAACUUUACAAAGCAUAUGCGACAAUUGAUGAUUUAGAGUUUGAACUGGAAUCGAUUGACCAUCUCGAAAAUACAAAUGAACGGUUGGAGCAACAGAUUAAAGUUUUAAAAGCUCAGCUAGACCAAUGUCAUUGUGAACCGCUAACACCUGACACUGCAAACAGUGUGACUUCACCAUUGAGUCAAGAUACAUUCUACCCAUUUGAGAGUGUAAAAGACGCCCAACAAAGUUCAACAGCAAAAGGACCAGAGAUCUACCACAAUUUGACUUUAGAUGAUCCGUUCUGUGUGAUGGAAGAAAAUUUAGAUAAUAUACAAGAGCUAACAAUACGCCAAUCAAGUGUAAAUCGUGCCUCAGAAGCUAUGGAAAAAGAAGGACAUCAUGCACCAAACCAAAACUAAUAACAGCAAAAAAAACAUUGAACAAAACUCAAAGAUACACUUGUUGAAUUAUGCAAACCAAGUAUUCAAGUAUCAGUUAUCAUUCAUGUUACACAGUUUUAUUUGAGGUUAAUAUGUAAUCAAAAUCAAUAUAUACUUCUGGGAGGUCCCAUGGUACAGUCGUCAACUCGUACGACUCGAUAAUAUGCCCGUCAUGGGUUCAAAUCUAUAAUGGACCGUCCCGCCGUAGGAAGGAUUGACUAUCCGGCUGUCUGGUAAUGAAUCAAUUCUCGAAAGCCAGUAUAGACCGACAUAUCCGCGUAGGACGUUACGCCAAAGAGAAGAAGAUAUACCUCGUUAAUAGUUAAUUUGAUUUAAAAAAAAAAUGAAAAUCUUAUUAACAUCGAGCUCCAUCAUUCCAAUCAACGCGAAAGGAAGAAAUUGAGACGUGUGUAUGAAUCAAUCUUCAAUUUUGUUUCAUUUCUCAAGCUAGCAUUAGCUGCAAAUUGUCCCACUCUUCAAUAAUUGUGAAUUGACGAAAUAACACAUUACAACAAGGUCAAUCUGUUGAUGACGAGUUGUAUAAGAUCUUUGUUGGUUAUGUGCAAAAAUAUGUCUCCAACCAUGCCACAGAGUAAAACUGAACGAAAAAUGUACACACCGUUGAUCAUUACCAUCGUUCGUUUGCAGAUUGCAACGCAGCGGCUAUAAAAGUCGUGUCGCGAGAUGUCAAUCAACUUUCGUUGCAUGCCACACACAGCAACAUGGCAGCUGGGGAUGGAUUGGGGAAGGAUGAAAAAAUGUAAGGAACGCAUUUCCCGCUCCCCAUGGCGAUCUUACCAUUCACAAAUAUCGGUGGUGCCGCAUCGUUACACAACACCCAACUUCCAUUGAAUGACCAUCUUCCAACGAUCUGCUACGAGCGCAUUCGGAAUGAGCGGUUGGAUCAAUUCGAUGCUAAGAGUGUCUGUUUACUUAACACACGUGGUACAGUCUAUGAUUUCUAAUGAACAGUGUUAGUAAGAACACUGAUUGCUUCUGUAUCAUUUUGGUAAAAUAAAAAUCAUUUUUAUUCAAUA